AAGUGCGGCGGAAAGUAAGAGGCUCAUUGGGGAAGACCGCCUGGAUCCAGGUCCCGGGGUCUCCGCUUCGGCCAGAGGCGCGGGAAGCAGCGUCGCCGGCUGACCCUGCCCCCGUCCCCGCUGCUUUUGCGGAGCCCGCUCAGCUUCCCAAGAAAGGAUGACACUUCUGUGGUUUCUAAUGAGUCUCUACUUCAAUGGAAUCCUGCAAAGUGAUGCCUCAGAACGCUGUGAUGACUGGGGUCUAGAUACCAUGAGGCAAAUCCAGGUGUUUGAAGAUGAGCCAGCUCGCAUCAAGUGCCCACUCUUUGAACACUUCUUGAAAUAUAACUACAGCACAGCCCAUUCAGCUGGCCUCACUCUGAUCUGGUAUUGGACCAGGCAGGACCGGGACCUGGAGGAGCCCAUUAACUUCCGCCUGCCCGAGAACCGCAUUAGUAAGGAGAAGGACGUGCUCUGGUUCAGGCCCACCCUCCUCAACGACACAGGCAACUACACCUGCAUGUUAAGGAACACCACAUACUGCAGCAAAGUUGCCUUUCCUCUGGAAGUUGUUCAGAAAGGCAACUGUUUCAAUUCCCCCAUGAAACUGCCAGUGCACAGACUGUAUAUAGAGCACGGAAUUCAGAACAUCACUUGUCCAAAUGUAGACGGGUAUUUUCCUUCCACUGUGAAACCUACCAUCACUUGGUAUAUGGGCUGUUCUAAAAUACAGAAUUUUAAUAAUGUAGUACCUGAAGGUAGGAACUUGAGUUUUCUCAUUGCCUUAAUAUCAAAUAAUGGAAAUUACACGUGUGUUGUUACAUAUCCGGAAAAUGGACGUAUCUUCCAUCUCACCAGGACUCUGACUGUGAAGGUGGUAGGCUCUCCGAAAGAUGCAAUGCCCCCCCAGAUUCAUUCACCCAAUGAUCAUGUGGUCUAUGAAAAAGAACCAGGGGAGGAGCUACUCAUCCCCUGUAAAGUCUAUUUUAGUUUCCUGAAGGAUUCUCACAAUGAGGUUUGGUGGACCAUUGAUGGAAAAAAGCCGGAUGACAUCACUGCUGAUGUGACCAUUAAUGAAAGUAUAAGUCUCACUAGAACAGAAGAUGAAACGAGAACUCAAAUUUUGAGCAUCAAGAAAGUUACCCCAGAGGAUCUCAAGCGCACCUAUGUCUGUCAUGCUAGAAAUGGCAAAGGGGAAGUUGAAAAAGCUGCCAAGGUGAAACAGAAAGUGGUUGCUCCAAGAUACACAGUGGAACUGGCGUGUGGUUUUGGAGCCACGGUCCUGCUAGUGGUGGUUCUCAUCAUUGUUUACCAUGUUUACUGGCUGGAGAUGGUCCUGUUUUACCGGGCUCACUUCGGAACAGAUGAAACCAUUUUAGAUGGGAAGGAGUAUGAUAUUUAUGUGUCCUAUGCAAGGAAUGCUGAGGAAGAGGAAUUUGUGUUACUGACCCUCCGUGGAGUUUUGGAGAAUGAAUUUGGUUACAAGCUGUGCAUCUUUGACCGAGACAGUCUGCCUGGGGGAAUUGUCACAGAUGAGACCUUGAGCUUCAUUCAGAAAAGCAGACGCCUCCUGGUUGUCCUAAGUCCCAACUACGUGCUCCAGGGAACCCAGGCCCUCCUGGAGCUCAAGGCUGGCCUAGAAAACAUGGCCUCUCGGGGCAACAUCAACGUCAUUUUAGUACAGUACAAAGCUGUGAAGGAGACGAAGGUGAAAGAGCUGAAGCGGGCUAAGACGGUCCUCACGGUCAUUAAAUGGAAAGGGGAAAAAUCCAAGUAUCCACAGGGCAGGUUCUGGAAGCAGCUGCAGGUGGCCAUGCCAGUGAAGAAAAGUCCCAGGUGGUCUAGCAGUGACGAGCAGGGUCUCUCCUAUUCAUCCUUGAAAAAUGUAUGAAAGGGACAAUGAAAUGGGUUCAAACAAACAAACAAAAAAACAAGAGGCACUCCAGGAAGGGUCUUCCCAGUCUUCAUUUCCAGUUCAUGGUUUCUUAGGCAGAAAAUAAUUGCCUGGGCCUCCUCCUUAUAGGGAUAAAUUCAGAGUGACUGGCCAGCUAUUCUCUGCCCUCAAGCAAGACUAAGAUUAGAAUGUUACUAUCAACACUUGGUCACCGGUCUCUGAUGUCACGCUGCUCUUUGCAGGCAAAGAUUUGGUUAAUGCAGAUUUCCUCGUCUGCAUCAUCCAUCCCUGUUCUUAUAUCUCUGUCUUUAAAAAAAAAAAAAAAAAAAAUCUUAACAUAUGGAGCAGCCUUUCUUAUGGAUUUAAAAACGCCUUUGAGAUAAGUCAUCUGCUGACAGCGUCGUUAGGACUUUCUGAAAAGUAUUCUUUUUCUUUUAUAUUUCACUCAUCCAUUAAAAAGAUAACCGGGGCCUAAGUUUUAGCUGAAGAAAUGAACUCUUUUGCACAUUCAUCUGUACAAUACACUGCCACAGCAAGACUAACAUUCACUUAGGACGGUGCAAAGCAAUAUAACAUUAUGAUUGUUUUAAAGGGCUUGCCAUUCUUCCACUAUGCCCCCUUGCGCUCCAUCUCAGGUAACUGAUACCAUAUUUGUAAACUUGAAAAAUAUAUUAUAAUUUUUGUUUCUACUAUAGCAAAUUACCUAUUAUCUGCAGGUCAACCCACAUUUUUCAUUCCAUCUCCAGGUCUCCCAUCAGUCAUUUAGAGUUUGCAAGUGGCCCCAUAUCUGGUUCAGUCUGAGAGGAAACUUCUCCUAAUGGUGCUAAUUGAGAGAAAGGUAGCAAAAAUGCCUUAAGGACAGUUUUUGAUUUGUGCAAAGGACACAGAACAGAGUGUUUGGCAAUUUGUCCUUUAAUUAUAGCCUUGCUAAUGUGAAUGCCAGGAAAGUGAUUUCUCCUAGCUUGGGUCUCUCCAUUGCAAAGUGAGGAGGUUAGACUUAGUGACCUUGAGAGUUAAUAUUAAUAUUGUGAGAGAAUUAAUUUUAUUGCCUAUAAUUUACUUUCUAGUGUAGGUAAUGCACCUGCUCCAAAUAAGUCAGUCUGUAAAGGUCACUAUCAAUGAAACUUGUUUUUCUUUUAAGUGGUAUUUCCUGCCCUAAGACUUGGAAGACUAAGUGCAGAGUUUACAGCAUAGUAAAUAUCUAUGUUACAUGUAGAUUUUAUGUGCAUAUAUAUGUAUGUAUGUGUAUGUAUAUCUACACACAAAUUAUAUGUGUGUGGAUGUAUAAGUAUACAUACAAUUUAUGUGUGUAGAUAUAUCCACAUGCAUAUGAAAAUAUAUAUGUGUGUGUAUGUGUGUAAUAUACUACGUGUGUGUGUGUGUGUGUGUACACAUAUGACAUUAAAUAGCCAUUGGUACAAUAUUACAAACCACUGGAACUCUUGUCUAGUUUUUAAAUUAUGUUUUUAUGAUAAUGCUUUGGGGUCAGUAUUUUUUGUACAUUAAUAUUAUUUGUUAAUUCACAGCUCACAGAGUGGUACUUGUUAUUAGUUCUUGCUUUCCCUAAGUUAGUAUAAAUAACUUGCUACUGCUACCGUUGAUCUAGGUUGCAGGGGAAUCUGUUGUGCACAGCGCUGCCAUGGUCACUGUUACGCGGUAGCCAGUCAUCUGGCAUUAACUGACUUGCUACUAUAUUCCCAGCACUUGCUUUUAUAGACUAAGCUGUGUUAAUCUUGGUGCUCAAGUAUUUGGACUAUUGAGUGAUAAAGGAAACAAAUAUCCUGAUCAGAAAGUCAGGGUAGCCUUAGGAACACAAUAAUUCUUAUUUAAGGAGGCCCUUUCCCAGUUGUAUGAAUGUUGAUAAGCAAUUAUAAAAUUACCUCCUACAUUUAAGUGUCCUUCAUCAGUAUUAAAGUCCGUAAUAAGUCAUUUACCUGUAUAAGAGUUAUUGGUUAUUUUAAAUUGAAAAAAGAUUCACUUUGAAUUCCUGACUAUGAAACUAUGAUAUGGACUCACUCUGGGAUCUGAUUUUUUUGAGCCUUAGAAAUACUUUUCCUUACAAACCACAACUACUCCGCCUAUUUACCCUUCCCUUACAAGACAAGAGACACUUCCUCCAGAUAAGCUUUGAAUAUCAAUUCUUGCACAAGCUUUUAGGUACGUAGAGAAUAGUCUUAUCACCAAGGGCCAUUCUCUUACCAUUGCUGCAUUUCUUUUGCACUUUUGGAUUCCAUAUUUAUCCCAAAUGCUGUUGGGUUCCCCCAGAAAGUCCUUGAUUUUUUUUUUAUUUAUAUUUCUGCCUUUGGUAUGAACUUUUCCAAAUGCUAUAAAAUAAAUCAUAUCAAAUCUAGGUGAUAUGUCCCAUUCUAAGAGGACUUUGUUUUGGGAACUAUGUUCCAGAAGAUACCUAACACAGAGCAUUUGAGAGAGAUGGGGAAAUAUAGUUAAAAUUUAGAAAGCAAGAACAAAUCGUGUCUCUAAUUUAAAAAAAUUAAUGGUUUUAGACAAAUUAUAUGAGGAUUCUUCUUGCCCAGGUUAACAAAAAAAAAAAAGACUGUGACAUGUAGAUUAUCUAAUUAUAAAAUCAUAUAAAAUUUAUAUGAUUAUAAAAUUUAUAAUUCUUUUCUGUAUUGUAACUUAGAUAAUUCUUCAAGCUUCUAAUUAAAAAAUCACUCCACUGUGUUGGGGAAUGAAAACAUCACUCCACUUAUUAAUUAUCCAUUUUCUUUCCAUAGGUUUUAAUAUUUCGAGAUUAUGUUUUUAAUUUUAUUCAUGAACUUUUGUAUUUUUCGUUCCUCAUUUGAUUUGUAAAUUUACUUAUUUUAUAAAUAAACCAUUUA